AUGACCCCACAUCACCACUACAUUUGCAACUAUACCCCAAAACGCAUGCCAAUUCAACUGGCAGAUUCUACUAUGGUCUAUUCAGCUGGGGUGGUGUCAGUGGUCUUUAAUCCUAUGUCUGUGGGCGAGGUAAAGAGUCUUAGAGCGGUCGAGUUCACUCGAGUCUUGCAUGUACCUGAUCUUUGUAACAAUCUCCUCUUAGUCCUGUAUUUAACUCGAAACUGCGGCUUCCAUGUCGAUAUAUCCUCUUCUCACAUGACCUUCUGUCGACCUAAGGCUGGUGUCAGGACGCUCAUUGACUGUAAUCUGGUCACUGGACUUAGGCUGGACUCAAGGGCAUCACCAGACCCUAUCUGCGAGCCUUGCCUUGCUGGUAAGAUGCAUGCCAACCCCUUCCCUCCUAGCAAGUGGAGGGUGAGCCGUCCUUUGGAGCUUAUUCACACUGAUGUUCACCAGCUCCCCUACCGCACUCAACUGUUAAGAUGGGAGUGA